UGUAAGUUUUCUUCCUUAGCAAUCAUUACAAUACUUCCAUUGGCGACGUUUUUGACCCUGCUCACCGCACGCAAAUCGGCCAAGCCAGCCACAUCUCUAAGCAAGACGAGUCUUACCGAGGGCUCGACGCACUCUUCACAUCGGUUACAGAACGUGGCGUUGUUGUCCUAUCAUAUCAAGUUGUGGCGGCGAACAUGCAGCAGCUGAAAAGCAGGCGAUUGCCAUUAGGCUGAGGCGUAGGUUGCAUGGUCCGCAGCCCACGUAACUCUUCAUCCCCUUCCUGGCCGUAGGAAAAGGCGAUUUCUGUCAUUUUCAAAGAUCCGUUUCCAACGGCGAACAUGGCCGCCGCACUUUCCGCAGAGCUAGAAGGCUUAUCUCAACGACUAGUUGCGCUCGAGACCGACCGAGCAAAUAAAGAAAGAAGAGACCAGGAGAAUGUUACAGAGAAGGCUCGGCAAUGCACGGGAGCACUCAUCGAUCUUGCGAAAUUGGUCGUCGCCUGGAAAGAGCCGUUGCGUGGAGAAGAUGACACCGAUCAAACGAUCUCAGAAUCCAACCGUGGCCUCCUGCUCGCUGUGGCUAGGGUAGAACAGUCGCUCGUCGGUCUUAGCGAUAACAUGACGAAACGGCUAGAGGAUAAUAUGCAGAGCUCGUUGCGGUUUGCGGACACUUACGCGUCCGAAGUCGUGGGGCUGCAGAAUAGGCUCCAAGAGGCGCAGCAGGAUGUCGAAAAGAGGAUGAGAGAUGCGCAAGAUUCGAUAGACAGCUUGGAGAAAAGCAUUGAGACAGCUACGGUGGCUCAAAAGGGUAUGAAAGGGGACUUGUCCGCGUGUGAGAAAAGAGGCGAGAUGGUUCAAAAGAGUAAUGAGUUCACGGGUGGCGAUACGGCAGCAGUAGUCGCUGCAACCGGUGGUGGAGCGGCCCUCUGGUUUGGUGCUAUUGUAUUCCCACCGCUUGCUAUCGGUGCAAUAGCAUGUAAUCUUGUCCAAGCAGGAUAUAUCGCAGACGAUGUUAUCAAGACACGCAAAAUAAAGAAGAUAAAAGAAGAGGUCGAAGCCAUCAAAACGAAAAUAUCAAGCAGCAACAGCAGGAUCUCGGGACUCAAGAGCCAAGUCCAUGACAUGGAGAAUACACGAGCUAACCUCCUGAUACUAAAAGCCGCGGUCGAGCGCACCUCGAAGCGCUCGAAUGCUAUCUCCGAAAAGGCACAGACUCUCGAACGGCGUUACAAUCAAGAUCAAUCUCGGGUCGCAGAAUGCCUUAUCAAACUCCGGACCGCUCGUCUCACGUCGCUGGAUUUCGCGGUGGCAGACUCAAAAGAUGCAGUUCUCGAGACUCUCGUAACUCUUUCACUGGACAUGACCGCUUUCAUACCCAAUGAGCACAUGGUCACCGAGUUCUUGCAGGACCUCCUCGCCCAACUGCGACGUGAUCAUGGAAGUGCGACCGGUAUUACUGGUACUAAUGCGGUCAGUAAAUCGCCCAAUUGACCCUCAAGCGUCCGACGGAGUGUUCGUACACGAACCUCUAUUCGAAAGACGAGGACGGCGUGGUUCAAUUGCUAGUGCCAGAUUGGAACGGACUACCUGCUGACCAUUGCUGCAGUCUUCACAGCUAACGACCCAGCUUUCGGAGAAACUCCGCGAACAGUUGAUCGAGUCUCAAAAGGCUUCUCUAGAGACAACACGUCAUGCU